ACGUGGCCAAGAUGGCGGCCGAGGUGAUUGAAAUCUUAAAGAAAUGCGUCAACAAGAUCACAAGUUCCAGUACGAAGGAAAGGCGACACGUUUGUGAGGAACUUCUAUUGCCUUGCAUCCAGAAACAGGAUUUUUCUGAGGCUGGAGUAAAAGCAGUGAUCAAGUUGAUAUUUUUAACACAACAUCGUUACAGAGAUAACCAGUCUAGAAGAGGGGUUGAAGAAGUCCUUAGAGUGUUGGCAGAAAAGCAAAGUGUGAAUGCUGUCAAAUACUUUUGUAUGGUGUUUUCUGAUGUUGAAAAACAUAUAACCUCAUCAGCACCAAGUUAUGUGAACAGUGGUUCAAAUCUUGUUCUUUUGUGCUGGUCGUGUGUCCUUGCCAGACAUGUCUACAGCAAGACUGAAUUGUGUAAGGAUGCACAAUGGAUCAGACUGGUACAGGUUCAAUGUCUGGCACUGCAUGGAGUUCUGUCUGCUGGAACAGCUUGUGUUUGUGAAGCAGGAAAGAAAAAAUUAUACAGAGUCUGGAGAGAGGUUCCAGGAAUCACAUUUAAAUAUGCAGAAGCCAUCAGCAAAUUGGAGGCAUCACAGGAAAACUGUUGCUUGACUGGACUGCUAUUUAAUUUUUGCACCAAAAAUAAAGAUGUUGAAACGAUAGGUAAAUUUAAGAAAACAUUGCUGGAAAUGUACGUGAAAGCUGUGAUUAAUAGCAAGACAAGACCCUCCCAUCAUGUCCUGGUGAACAUUCCCCCUUUGCUCAGUCACGUCACCCAUGACGACUUCAGCAGUUUAAUCUUACCAGCAUUACAGAAAUCUCUGCUGCGAAACCCAGAGGUGGUUCUUGAAAGUGCUGCUUAUUUAAUUUCUUCUGUUUCAAUUGAUUUAUCAAAGUACGCUUUAGACAUCUGUAAAAACACUGUUGGUCAGCUGCGUGCUAAAGAAGAGCUCCACAGACAGGAGGCUAUGUUAAUCUUAAAGAAUCUUGCACAUCAGUGCAGUGAUCCAGGAGCAAUGGAGGAACUUAUCAACUAUUUAUUUGCUGUCCUUAAUGGUUCAGAAGGCAAACUUACUCAGUGGAAUGACAGAGUUGGUGUUCUUCAAGGGAUAAAGAGUCUGGAGCACCAUUCAGUUAGUGGAAAUGCAUCUGUGCAAGCAUUAAGCCAACUUGUUGCUGAAAAACUUGUGAAAUAUUUACAACAAGAAGUGCAUGAAGGAGCUGUUGUGUAUGGCCUAUCAGUUUUAAGUCACUGGUGUACCCAUUUCUCCACACAAGUACCUAAGGUACUUGUUGAUGCCUUCAAGAAAGGAAUGACUAACAAGAACUCCACCACAGCUGUACGUACUGGGUACUUACAGUGUAUGACAGGUGCUUUUCAAGGUAAUACCCUUCUCCAAGGGAUGGAAAUUCUGCCUCAGUUACUGCAAACCAUUGAAAAAGCCAGUGGCCAACCAAACCAAGCUGCUAUUGUUACAGAAGGACUAUUAGCUGCCUCCAUACUAAUCAGAUUAUCACUUGCUGAUGUACAAGCAGAAUCUAAACUGGGUUCAUUUUGGACAACAUUCCUGGAUAUAAAGAAGCAGCUGUUUGUUUCAGACAAAUUUUUAAACUUUGCAUCUGAAGAAGCUCUCCUAUUACUGGUGUCUGUCAUUGAAAGACUCGUCCUCAGUCAUGGACAAAGAUUAAACAAAUCUAAUAGCCAACCUUGGUACAGAGCUUUGGUAUUUCUACUGACUCACUCAGCUUGGAAGGUCAGGCAGAAUGCGCAGUCCUGUGUUCAGCGGCUGUUCAAUGCUUUAGGAGAGAGUGCUUUAGAACUACAGUGUUUGUUGUUGAAAGAGCUGUCAAAGCUUAUUGCUCAACAGAAGCAUCAUGUCACAGACAGUUCUGUUCCAAUCAUGAAUGGAGAUGCACCACAGGGAGGGUCGCCCAAUGAUGCAGGAAGAACUAACAUCAGCCACAGGAUACUUGUGUCCAGUCUUUGCUGCCUGACCCUGUCUCUCGUAAAGAGUAAUCCAGACCUGUCUGAGGAAACGAAAGACAAAAUCGCUUUGCAGAUUCUCUCAGAUGCACACCAUCCAGCUAUCGUUUCAUAUAAAGGUGAGUUAUGGAUGAGGAUUGUUCACAGUCUGGGGAUCGAGACACAAGGCUUUGUUGGGCGUCACUUGGAUGCCAUAAUGGAGAUGAUAGUCUCAAGCAGCACGUCUCAACAGUGCUCACAGAAUAUGCUCCACGCCAUGGCGGGACUUGCACCAAAAGUGAUUUUACCGAGAGUAGUGAAGCACAGUACAGUUUGUUUAGCAAAACCAGCCUUCCAGCAAGUGACAAUGGAGGAGCAUGCCAUACUGUACACACCAGAAGGAGAGAUCCACAACACCAGUGUAUUGGAAAGUGUCAGGGUAGCAGAAGCAGGAAAAAAGCAAAACAUGAAGAAAGAAUCAAAGGCUUAUUCCUAUGAGGAUCAACUCUGGGAGAAAGAUAUACGUGAGUCAAUCAAAAAGAAAAAGAAAGCCGAGGGAAAACUUUCAGAAAAGGAUGAGAUGAGCCAGAAGGAAAAAGAAAUCUUUGAAGCUCAGCUGAUGAAGGAAGCAGAAAUAAGAGACAGAUUAAAAGAGCUUCAAAGGGAAGUGGUGCAAGUAGGAUCACUACUGGAGACAGCUAUAACAGCAAACCCAAACGCCAUGCGUAUGUACACCCCCACCAUCCUCACCACCCUACUGCCACUGUUGCAGUCCCCCCUGACUGCACCUGUUAUGAUUCCUGUUCUGGUGAAGCUUGGUAAAAGUGCAUUUAACGACGAUCAAGAACAUCUUGCUGAGCUCGUUGGAUACGUCACUCUGCGACUUUUAAAACCAAUGUGCCGUAUUGACCAAGCCUGGUGUGAAGAGGAUUUGUUAUCAGCGACCAAGCGAGUUAUCUCUGUCCUCCACUCCACAUCAGUUCCUGAUCUAAAUAUUGUUGGAUCAAGUUCAUCAGACUCAUUGACCGAGCUUCUGUCAGCCCCAGCGUUUGCGUUCUGUUUUCCUUUUCUAAGAUGCGUGCUACGAGAUGGAGGCAAGAAUGUCAAGGGAAAUGAAGAUCUCAGACAGGAAGCGUUGCAGAUUGUUGCUGAACACUGUAAAUUACGAGCGAAUAACGACGAUGAUGACGAGGAAGAUGAGCAGGAUGAAAAUGACCCGGCUUUGUUACCAAGAGAAGAAAUGCUGUAUUUAUUGACUGAGAUUAUUUCCACGAGUGCGGACACCAUCAAGGGUUCGAGAUUACAGCAACUGGCAUCUCUUAGUCUGGUUGAGCUGUGCAAGGCGACAAGCGGGGAAUAUGGUUGUACCACAGCAGCACCAGGCGAGAUCUCUGUUCUGUUAAACUCCCUGGAGUCCCCCGCAGCCUCAUUGCGAUUUGCAACCUUGCAAGGGCUUCUGGUCCUCACCUACCUUCUGUCUACAAGGGAUCAUGGGACAUCACAGACUGCUCGACUUGUAAGACGAUUGUGGGUGGCCAAGUUUGAUGUUGAUGAAGAAAAUGCUAAAUUAGCUGAGAGGUUAUGGCAGGAAGUAGGUUUCACUGCCCCAGAGCCAUUAUGUAGUGCACUUUUGGACGAUGUCGUACACGAUGUAGAAAUUAUCAGAAAAGCCGCUGCCCCAGCGCUGGCGGCGGCCAUUGACGAACACCCGGAUGUUGCCUCAGCCAUUCUUCAGCAGCUGGUGGAUCUCUAUGAUGUAAAGCUCAAGGUAAGGUCUGUAAAAGGUUAAUGCAAUAGACGACUGCGAAUACUGUUACCCAUUCAAAGUUAGCAGCACUUGCUUAAAAAUAGGAACGUCCCUCCAUUGUUCGUAUUUUUCGUUCCAACUGGUCUGGGAGAUCACCAUCUUGAAGUCAGGAAACACAUGUUGAAUGCAGCUCUGAAGGCAGUAAAUGAUCAUGGAAAGGCCAAUAUCGCGCUACUUCUUCCUGUAUUUGAGCAGUUCUUGGACAUGGCACCAGAUACUUCUGCGCAUGACACGAUCCGUCAAUCAGUGAUUAUUUUGAUGGGUUGCUUGGCGCGGCAUUUAGACAGUUAGACCAAUUGUUGGAAAACUCUUGAAUGCUCUGUCAACACCCUCACGUAGUGUUGAGCUCCUUGGUGCUAUGGCGUUCUGUGCCCCAAAACAGUUAUCGUCAUGUCUUCCCAGUAUUGUGCCUCGCUUGUGUGAAGUUCUCACAGAUUCUCACAUGAAAGUACAGAAGGCUGGAGCCCAGGCCCUUAGACAAAUCGGCUCAGUGAUCCGAAACCCAGAAAUUCUAGCCAUUUCGUCCGUUCUUCUCGAAGCCCUAAUGGACCCAUCUACCAAGACUGCACCAUGUUUACAAGUUCUGCUCCAGACCUCUUUCGUUCAUUUUAUUGAUGCUCCAUCGCUCGCUCUCAUUAUGCCCGUCCUGCAACGCGCGUUGAGCGAGCGUUCAACUGAAACCAAGAAAAUGGCGGCACAAAUUAUUGGAAAUAUGUGUUCUUUGACAGACAAAAAGGAUCUCGCUCCAUAUUUGGGUGCAGUUGUUCCAGGAUUGAAACAGGCCUUACUUGAUCCAGUACCAGAGGUCCGUGCAGUAUCUUCCCGCGCCCUCGGUGCUUUGGUCCGCGGUAUGGGCGAGGAGUGCUUUGAGGAUCUGUUACCGUGGUUGAUGGAGACUCUGACGUCAGAGAACAGCAGCGUAGACAGAUCAGGCGCAGCUCAAGGUCUUGAUGAAGUUUUGUGUGCUAUGGGUACCAACAGACUCGAGAAACUUAUGCCGGAAGUGAUUUCAACCACAGAGCGCGUUGAUUUGGCGCCACAUGUACGCGAAGGAUACCUGAUGCUGUACAUCUAUCUUCCUUCAACUUUCAAAGAUGACUUUAUUCCAUUUGUGGGACCCGUCAUACCUUCUGUGCUGAAGGGCCUGGCAGAUGAGUCCGAACAUGUGCGAGACACGUCUCUAAAGGCUGGUCAGCGGAUUGUGAACUUGAACGCCAACACAGCCAUUGAACUGUUCUUACCGGAGCUGGAGAAAGGAUUGUUUGACGAUAAUUGGAGAAUACGACACAGUUCUGUCCAACUACUGGGUGAUCUGUUGUACGAGAUAUCUGGUGUAACUGGUAAAAUGUCCACUGAAGGCAAAGAGGAUGAUAACUUUGGAACCAGUCAGUCCAACCAGGCCAUCAUCGAAUCCCUGGGUGCAGAGCGCCGUAAUCGUGUGUUAUCCCGGCUAUAUAUGGGCCGUUCUGACGUUUCCCUGAUGGUGCGCCAGGCGGCCUUGCACGUGUGGAAGGUUGUGGUCCCUAACACGCCUCGUAUCCUAAGAGAGAUUCUCCCCACGCUGUUUUCUCUUCUACUAGGAUGCCUAGCGAGUACCAGCUAUGACAAGAGACAAGUUGCAGCUCGCACACUGGGAGACCUUGUUCGCAAACUUGGUGAGCGAGUUCUUCCGGAGAUCAUUCCGAUUUUGGAGCGAGGUUUGGACAGCGACAAGUCAGAUGAGAGACAAGGAGUUUGUAUUGGACUCAGUGAAAUUGUCUCCUCAACCAGCAAGGAACAGGUAAUACAGUAUGUUGAUUCCCUGGUACUCACGGUGCGUCGUGCUUUGAUCGACCCGUUGCCUGAAGUGCGUGUGGCUGCGGCCAAAACAUUUGAUCAGCUUCAUAACACCAUCGGAGCGAAAGCUUUGGACGACAUUCUGCCUGACUUACUCAAAAAAAUGGAUGACCCUUCUCUGUCUGAGUACGCAUUGGAUGGGCUCCGUCAGGUCAUGGCCGUGAAGAGCAGAGUCGUACUUCCUUUCCUAGUACCUCAGCUCAUCACUCCACCUGUUAUCACUCGUGCACUGGCCAUACUGUCUGCCGUCGCAGGUGAUGCGCUUACCCGCCAUCUGAAUAGGAUUCUACCGGCCAUCAUUAAAGCCAUACAGGACUGCUUUGGAACAGAGCAUGAAAAAGAA